AUGGUUUACGAUGCUGGCGACUCAUUCAUCUCUGAUGAUGAAGAAGAACUCUGUCCUCUUUGCGUAGAGGAAAUGGACAUUUCAGAUAAAAACUUCAAACCUUGUCCCUGCGGAUACCAAGUCUGUCAGUUCUGCUACAAUAAUAUUCGUCAAAACCCUCAACUUAACGGCCGUUGUCCUGCUUGUCGUCGUCCUUACGAUGAUGCUACUGUCGAGUACAAGGCCAUUUCCCAAGAAGAAUGGAAAAAGGAACAUGACAAACAGUCACGCCGAGAACGAGACCGUAAACAACGUCAGAGAGAGAAGAAGGAAUCAGAACAACAAACCUCUCGUAAACAUCUCUCAGGUAUGCGUGUCAUUCAGAAAAACCUUGUCUAUGUUAUUGGGCUCAACCCAAGUAUCCCUACUGAGGAACUUCACAAUACCCUCCGUACAGACCAGUUCUUUGGCCAAUAUGGUAAAAUCCAAAAAAUCGUCAUCAAUAGGCGUAACAAUGCAAAUGGUAACCCGGGUAUUGGUGUCUAUGUUACUUUUGCUCGCAAGGAAGAUGCAGCUAAAUGCAUAGCUGCUGUUGAUGGCUCUCUCAAUGAUGGCAAGUACCUCCGUGCUGCUUAUGGCACUACAAAGUAUUGCUCUUCAUACCUUCGUGGCCAAUCGUGUCCAAACCCAAAUUGCAUGUUUUUACACGAGCCUGGGGAAGAAGCAGAUUCUUAUACUCGUAAAGACUUGUCUACCUUUCAAGUCUCAACAAGUAAUACAGGAUCAUCUGGAAGAUCCGGAAGCAACGCUUCUAGUAGUAACAGCGGAAUUCCUAAACAAGUCCCCAAACAAGUGGCCCAUUCUUCAACAAAUAGACCUCCAGACUCGGUUGUGUCUUCAUCUCCACCAGCAGGAGCAACAACGUCAGCAUCAGCAGCAGCAGCGGCUGCAGCAACAGCUCAUGACCACGAUUUCCAUCUCCCUCCUACUGUCUCGUGGGCUACUAAAGCUUCCCCAAGUACUCCACAGGCAAAACUCCACACAGCAUCUCUUGCAUCCUACCCGCCACUACCGGUGUCUUCUGCCCACGCUGCUGCACCCAUUGCUGCUACUGAUUCAUCUUUAUCUUUAUCUUCUACAAAUUCCAAGAAACGUGAGGCCACACCACCUGUGUUUGAAGAAGAUGAGACUCAUGAAGAGAUUGCCAUUGAGGAAGUAGAAUCUGAAGAAGCAGAGGCUGAUGAAGAAAGACAAGAUCAAAAUGGACAAGAACAAGAAGAGGAAGAAGAUCGAGAAGACAAAGAGGAUGAAGAAGAAGACGAAGAAGACGAAGAAGAUUAUUUGCCUUGCCCUGAGCCUCGUACACCAGAUGUGGCUGUCACUUAUAUGCACGAUUCCCUUGUUGCUCUUGCUGACCCAUCUGCUUACACUUAUGCUUUUAGCGGUGAAGUUGUAAGUGAACACAGACUUACCCAGGCAUUCCCCUUGUUUUCAUAUACCCAGGAAACAACAAAAGAGUCUAAGGGUGAGGUCAAGGAAGACCCAGUUGCUGAAUAUUAUUCUGAAAUGGAGGAAUACAUGUUCAAGCCUAAUGCUACUGCGCAGAAAUUUAGAGCCAGUAUUGGGUUUUUGGAUGCUGCUCGUCAACAACAAUUUGAAUUGCAGUUGCAGCAACAACAACAACAGCAGUUGGCUUUGCAGCGUCAACUUGAACAACAACAACAGCAGCAACAGCAGCAGCAGCAGCAACAACAACAACAACAGCAACAGCAGCAGCAGCAACAACAACAACAACAGCAGCAGCAACAACAGCAGCUACAACAGCAGCAGCAAUUUGGUUUUGAUUUGGCCAAAACUGCGACACCACCUCCCCCUGGAUUGUUUGCUUCACCUGCACAGGCCAAUUACGCCAACCUGGCUGGUGUGCCUGUGGUCCCUACAACUUCAGCUACCAGCAACAAUAGUCAGGAACUUUUGGCUCACCUAAUGAAGGGCAGCAAAUAA